AUGGUGUUUGGAGGCCCUUUACAAUGCCGAAAUUCAACAGCCCCAAGCACACUUUCCUUUACCACCGCUGCGGUGUCUUCGAUUCUAAUGUUAAUAACAGUGCCAGGGAACCUCCUUAUUUGUGUUGCUGUUUGUAAAGAUCCGUGCAAAAGUUUGAGAACACCCUUCAAUCUCUUCUUGUUAAACAUUUCAGUGGCAGACCUUGUGGUGGGUGUUGGAGUGCUUCCUCUGUCCAUAGUAUACCACAUCAUGGAGGGAUUGGGUUCGUUUUCAGUUGCCUUGAUUAAGAUUUUACAUCUUCUUUUCUUCAUUUCUUGUACUGCGUCUGUAGUGGGAAUCGCUGUUUUGAGUUUAGAUCGCUACAUCUGCGUCACGUCUCCGUUAAAAUAUCGCUCAAGGUUGACGUCCUCGCGAGUGAAGAAAAUAUCUUUAGUCGUUUGGUUAAUUUCAACUGUGGGCCCUUCUGCUUACCUGUAUAUAGAUUUCAUAAUAUACACCUUUGUGUUUGCGAAUAGCACCAUUCUUCUUACUUUAAUCGUUUUAGUAUUUGUCCAUCAUAUGAUUUCAUGUAGUCUACGCUCUCAGCGAAAACUACUUCAUUCUCUUACUGACAGCGACAAGAUGAAAAUCAGAUUAAUCAAACGCGAUGAGAAAGUUACGAAAACAUUUCUAGUUUUUCUUUGCUCCUUUGUCGUUUUAACUUUGCCACCUUUGUGCUUUAGCUAUGUGUUAAAUUUCAGCACAACUUGCAGCUGCAAUACAUUUCAUGUUAUCAGAGAUUUUCAGUUCAUAUCGAUCUUAUUUCCCAGUUCCGUGAACCCGUUUAUAUAUGCGCUGAGAAUGGUAAACUUCAGAAAGACUAUAAGAGUUUUGUCUUUCAAAACGGCGCGGAAAUUUGUCAGUGUCCCUCCCACAUGGGAUUCAUAUUCAAGCGAUACUUUCCCUGGAGAGCUCAGACAGGAACCUGAUUCAGAGGCCAAUGGAUGCAUCAUCAACAAAACGAACCAAAAACCGAACACUUCAUCAAACCCUCUUCUGGCAGACACACUAAAUUCCAGCUUAGAUGUUGAAAAUGCUGCGAAAGAAACUUUGGUUGGUAAUGAUUCCUUAGACUGUAAUGUAAAACAAACUAUCAAGGAAGAACAACUCGGAAUAUCUCACUUUUACAGAGUUACUACUAAUUUAUGA